UUACAACAUCUUGAAGUAUUAGAAAAUAAAGGAAUAAUUUCUGAUACUAAUAAAGAAAAAAAAACAAGUAUUCAAAGUGAACUCGCAUCAUCACUAAAAGCUUUAAAUAAAUUAGAAUAUCAUCAAUGGUCUCAACAAAAGUAUAGAUCUCAGAAAAGGCAGAAGCUUCAGCAGAUAAAAAAGCAGCUUAAAGAAGCAGGUUUCAAUAUGCAGCUUGUUAAGCCAACAGUUGAUAGACAGGCUGAUGAAAGAUGGCGUUCAGAAUUAAUAUGGCUAAUUCCAAGACAGCAUAGUAGUGAAGAAGGAAAGCGAUACAUUAAAACGGUGCCAGUGAAGCUUCUAAAGUCUCAAAAUUCAGCAAGAAGAAGCCAUGAUAAUACCCAUUUCUGCACUGCUUUAAUAAAAAAUACAAAAGAAAUGGUAUCAUUAUUGGGUCCCAAAACAGUAACAUAUUCAGAUCCAACGUUUAUAAGAAUUUGUAGUAGCAAACAUGAUAGUAGUACCGCUUACUCUCAUGGCAAAGACUUCGAUGACUUGAUGGUUGAGGAGAAAUUACACAACUUUACUAUGAUGGAUAGCCAGCCUAAACCUGUAGUGGUAAUGAUAAGUGAUGGUGGAUCCGACAAGAAUCCAUGCUAUAGAAAAACAGUUCAGAUGAUAGUAAAUCACUUUAUUAAGUAUGAUCUUGAUACUAUCAUUAUAGCAUGCUAUGCACUAUACCAGAGUGCAUUCAACCUAGUAAAAAGACAAAUGGCAUCCUUAAGCUAUAACUUAGCUGGUAUAAUCCUCUCACAUGAUACCUUUGGAUCACAUUUGGAUGCACAGUUAAAGACAAGUGAUGAGAAAUUGGAAAAACGCAAUUUCAAAGUGGCCAGAGAUGUUUUGACAUUAGUGUGGGAGGAUACAAUUAUCGAUAGUUAUUUGGUACUUGUUAAGUAUGUAGAACCUUCCAAAGAAUCCUACUGCCCAAAUGAAAAAUCAGCAGCUUGGAUGGAAAAACAUGUAAUGACUUGUUAUUAUAUAACUCAAGUUAUAAAGUGUAAUGAUCCAAGCUGCUAUAAACCUUUUCGUAGUGGAAUCAAACAGGUCCUUCCAAAUCACUUUUUUCUACCACUACUUUUGUUCCAACAGAAGCUUCAUAGUAUUUGCACAGCAAGCAUAGGCAUAUCUGAUAAUACAACUUACUUUGGUGGCUUACUUCUCUCUGUAUUAAUGGAAAGAAAGUUAACUUCUCCAGACACAGAUCUAAAGUAUUUUCUCUUUGAUUGA